AAGUAAUAUGACAUGUAAAAAGAAAAAAAGAGCUAAAAAUAAAAUAAAAAACUACACGGACCUCGAUGUAAGAUUGCACAAAUAUAGCACAUACUACUACAUUUGACCGAUAUUUACAAAGACUGUAAUAGAAUUUACAUAAAUCGGUUCCCAAUGGCGCCAUUCGGAUCUUGGAUUUAUAGGACCCAGGUACUGACAUAACACAGAGUAGACCUUCAGCUCAAGGUCUGUCUGAAUGCAAUAUCGGAUAAUGGCUACUGGUAGAAUGGGCAGUCGUGUGGACUUCUAGAAGUAUAGAGUGGUUGGCUCCGCCUCCGCUAGUGGCGCGCAGAUCCAGCGCAAUUUCGCACUACACGCGCCCAGCAUUUCGGCAUUUCAGUUCCCUCUUCCCCUCACUCUGCCUCCGCCUCGCCUCCACCACACCAUGCAACCGCCGCCGGCCACCGGCGACGCGCUCGCGGAGUGCCUCCGCCUCCUGGCCGAGCUCCCCGCCGCGGCCGCCUCCUCCCCGGCCUUCCGCCGCCACUGGCCCUCCAUCUCCACCUCCGUCUCCUCGCUCUCCGCCUCCCUCUCCCACCCCGCCUUCCCGCCCUCCGCGCCGCUCCUCUCCCCCCUCGCCUCCGCCCUCCAGGCCCUCCUCUCCGUCUGCGGCGGCCCUUCCCUCGGCCACCUCCACACCGUCUCGCUCCUCUCCUCCUCCGCUGCCUCGCUCUCCCAGCUCGCGGCCGACGCGCGCCUGCUCGUCUCCCCAUCCCCCGCCGGGGGCGAAGGUGACGGAUCCGACAGCCUGCUCCCUCGCCUCCGGCUUGGCUCGGCCGUCUCCCGCGCCGCGGCGCUCGACUCGCUCGCCGAAUCCGUCGGGUCCAUGCCGGCGUCGCACUCCGCCGCCGCCGUCUCCGCGGUCGCCGCGAUGCUCGACUCCGGCGACCUCCUCCCGGCCUCCCGCGACAGGGCCGUGUCCGUGCUGGCCGCCUUCGCUUCCUCCGACGCCGGGUGCCUGUUCCUGGCCCAGGAGUCGGGCACCGUCGUGCCCCACCUCUGCCGCGCGCUGGAGUCCGGCGGUGCCAGCGCAGAGCAGGCGUGCGUCGCGCUGGAGCCGCUCACCGCCUCGUCGCGGGACGCGGCGGCUGCCUUAUCAGCGCGCGGCGGCGUGGCCGCGCUCCUCGUGGCUUGCGCCGCCGGCACCCCGGCGUCGCAGGCCGCCGCGGCGGGCGUGCUCCGGAACAUCGCCGCGUUCCCGGACCUGCUCCCGGCGUUCCGCGACGAGGGCGCGCUCCCGUUGAUCGUGCAGCUCGUCUCACUCGGCACUCCGCGGACGCAGGAGCUCGCGCUUGGCUGCCUCCAGAACUUGACGGCCAGCGAUGGCGACGAGGGGCAGAGGCUCAAGGUCGAGGCUUUCCAAGAAGGCGCGCUCGGCUGCGUCAAGGACUUCCUGGAGUCCUGCCGCGGCGACGGGCCGGGCCUCGCGCCGGCGUACGGGCUCCUCCGAAACAUGUCCACCUUCCGCUACAUCGCCGAGAUAGCCGUGUCCGCCGGCUUCGUCAGCCACGUCCUGGCCGCGCUGGGCAGCGAGAGGGCCAGCACCCGCACAGAGGCCGCCAUGGCGCUGGCAGAACUGUGCAGUGUCAGCAGCAGCAGCAAGGCGAGGAAGGAGGCCGGGGGCGCGAUGCCGAGGCUGAUCUGGAUGCUGGAGGCCAAAUCCGUGGGCGAGAGGGACGCCGCGGCGAGGGCGCUGGCCACGCUGGUGGUGGCGGCAAGCAGCCACCGGAAGGUGUUCAAGAAGGACGAGAUGGGCAUCGUGAACGCGGUGCAGCUGCUGGACCCGGCCGUCCGGGGCGCCGACAAGCGGUUCCCCGUGUCGUUGCUGCUGGCCGUGUCGCAGUCCCGGCGGUGCCGGAAGCAGAUGGUGGCCGCCGGCGCGUGCGGGUUCCUGCAGGGGCUCCUGGCCGCGGAGGUGGACGGCGCCAAGAAGCUCUCCGAGUGCCUCGGCCGGGGCAAGAUGCUCGGCGUGUUCCCCCGGACGUGACUACGGCGAUCAGCCUCCUCUCGCCCUGUACGACUGUACGUAUGUGCUUCGGUUCAACGACCCUGCCUCGGUCAAUCCACGGCUCCUGUCCUCUGUAUGAAUGAAUCUCUGUAUAUGUUUGUUGUUUUUCAUGAUAGCUUAGACCGAGACGACGACGACGAAGACGACGACUGUUUUAGUGAGUGUGUGUGGUUAAACGUAAGCCCAAUAAUAAGAACACGGCGAAGAUUGUAACUAAUCUCUGAUGUGAGCUUCCGAAGAAAUGAAUGGAAUCAGUUGUUUUGCGACUGACCGAC